AUGUCUCUUAAAUAAAUAAUUAAAACUGGUAUUUCUGGACUGGUCUUUGACUCUAAAUAACCUAGGAAGAUACUAUUGAUCAAAAGAGAAUAGCCUCCUUAUCAUAAUUAAUGGAGUUUUCCAGGAGGUAGACUUGAAUUCGGAGAAUUAAUUGAAAAUGGAAUUAAAAGAGAAGUUAAGGAGGAAACUGGAUAUACAGUUGAUUUAAUUGGCAAUAAUUACAAUAUUCAUGAAGUGAUAAGGCAAGACACUCACUAUUUAAUAUUCAGUGCUAGUUGUGUUAUACAAAGCUAUUCUAAAGGACAUGAAAAAAUCUUCAGUUAAUUCUUCUACUUAGAUUAAUAUUUAGGCAAAGAUACGAAUGAAAAAUUCAACAUUUCAGAAAUUAAAGAUGAAGAAAGCAUUCCAAAUUUUCAUUAGAUUCUUUAAAAAAUGCUAAAAUAGGAUUUUAAUAUUGAACCCAUAGAAAAAAAAAAUGUUAAAUGA